UCUUCUAUACAGUAUAUAGAAUGAACCGGCUCUUCUACAGCACCCCUUUCAAUUCUUACUAAUUUGCUAACCUAUCCUCCUCUCCCUCUUUCUUCCUAAGGAUAUUAGGGUUUAUCGCUCACCCUCUUUCUCUCUCAAAAGUACCCCUCCCCCUCUCGAUGCAGAUGGAUCCAACAAAGAAGCGCAAGCUCGAAGAAAACGGCAUCGUAUCAUCCACCACCGACCUAGACUCUCCUUACAAACUAACCCCUCAAGACGCCCGCAAGAUGAUGGAACGCUUCACGCCUGACCAGCUCCUCGAUAUUCUUCAAAACGCCGUCGUACGCCACCCAGACAUCCUUGAUGCCGUCCGAUCCAUCGCAGACCCGGACGCCACGCAACGGAAGCUCUUUAUACGCGGCCUUGGAUGGGAAACCACAACGGAAAAUCUCCGAAAUCUGUUCUCUACUUACGGGGAAUUAGAAGAAGCGGUUGUAAUCCUUGAUAAAAACACCGGAAAGUCGAAAGGGUACGGUUUUGUUAUCUAUAAGCAUGUCGAUGGUGCGUUAUUGGCUUUGAAAGAGCCCAGUAAGAAAAUUGAUGGGCGCGUGACUGUCACGCAACUAGCGAUAGCGGGGAAUUCAGGUGCCAAUAAUAACAAUAAUUCUUCCGCCAAUCCUGGUGUUGUUGAUGUUGCAAUGCGGAAGAUCUAUGUAGCGAAUGUGCCGUAUGAAAUGCCGUCGGAUAAGUUGUUGAAUCAUUUUGCGCAGUAUGGGGAGAUUGAGGAGGGUCCGUUAGGUUUUGAUAAGCAAACAGGGAAAUCGAAAGGGUUUGCGCUUUUUGUUUAUAAGACGGCAGAAGGAGCGCAGGCUGCUUUAUUAGAGCCGGUGAAGAUGAUUGAAGGGAGGCAGUUGAAUUGUAAGUUAGCAAUUGAUGGGAAAAGAGGGAGGCAGCCUGGCGGGGGGCAAGGACCAGGGCAAGAUGGAUUGCAAGGACAGGUGCAGGGUGGGAAUGUUCAUGGAGAUGGUGGAAUGGGGAUGGUGCUGCAGACAGGGUAUGGCGCGCCAGGUGGAUAUGGUUCUUAUGGUGGUGCGUUUUCGAGUGGCGUGCCUCCAAUGGGUGGUCACCAGCAGCAGCACCACCAUCCUGCUGCUCCUUUGAAUGCUUCACUGGGUGGGCCUGGGUUGGGGUCUCAGGGGGUAGGUGGUUUGAGUGGUACUGGGGGUGGUAGUUAUGGCCCACCUUAUGGUGGGUAUGGUGGACCAGGUUCUACAGGAUAUGGUGGAUUGGGUGGUGGCGGUGCCGGCGUCGGUGCUUCUGUUGGUGCGUCUUCAUCGUUUAGGUUGCCACCAAGUUCAGUUGGAAUGCCUACUGGUGGAUAUCCAGAUCCUGGGCAGUAUAGCUUGUCAUCAUCAAAUGCUUCAUUUCCAAGUCAGCAUCAGGGAGCAUCCCCUGCACCAAGGGUUCCAUCUGGGGGAAUGUAUCCAAAUUUGCCACCUUACUAUUGAGGUGUAUGACAGCUUGUUGGGCGCAGAUGCUUUUUGUGGUACUCGUGAUUGCCUGAUUGCAGACUAUAGGGUCUCUGGUUGAUGAAUGUAUUAGCUGUGCUUUUACAUCCGCUUCUUCACUUCAUUUGCACUUUUAAUCGUGGUUCAUUUUUUAGUGUUUGUUCUUUUUUAGAUAAACGAGUGUUGGUUGUUAAGAUGACUGAAUAGACUAGUCUUUGUACUGUUGUCCGAAGCUAUGCACAACUUGGAAUUAAUUAUAUCAAUAAGACAUGAGUAUUGAUAAUA